CUCACUCUUGCUCUCUUUCUCGAGGUGCGAGGAUUAGGGUUUCGAGGGUUUAUCUCGAUUUCGAUCUCAAUCUAGGGUUUCGAAGCGGAGGAGGAGAUGUCGCUGAGGCCGAGCGAGAGGGCGGAGGUUCGCCGGAACAAGUACAAGGUUGCAGUCGAUGCAGAGGAGGGGCGGAGGAGGAGAGAGGACAACAUGGUGGAGAUCCGAAAGAGCCGAAGGGAAGAGAGCCUUCAGAAAAAGCGUCGCGAGGGGAUGCAGGCCCAGACCAUCGCCGCGUCUGCCCACGCCGCUGCCAUGGAGAAGAAGUUGGAGAGUCUUCCAGCGAUGGUAGCGGGGGUUUGCUCCGAGGAUAGCAACUUGCAGCUUGAGGCCACCAUGCAGUUCCGGAAACUCUUGUCUAUAGAACGAAGCCCACCAAUUGAGGAGGUAAUCCAAUCUGGUGUUGUUCCACGAUUCGUGCAGUUUCUUACUAGAGAGGACUUCCCCCAACUUCAGUUUGAGGCUGCUUGGGCAUUGACCAACAUUGCCUCAGGGACCUCAGAGAACACCAAGGUUGUGAUUGAUCAUGGCGCUGUGCCUAUAUUUGUGAAGCUUCUUGGUUCUCUAAGUGAUGAUGUCCGUGAGCAGGCUGUCUGGGCUUUGGGAAAUGUUGCUGGUGAUUCUCCCAGAUGUCGUGAUCUUGUCCUUCAACAUGGGGCAUUGAUUCCUCUCUUGGCACAAUUAAAUGAGCAUGCUAAGCUUUCUAUGCUUAGAAAUGCUACAUGGACAUUGUCAAAUUUUUGUCGAGGGAAGCCACAACCGCCGUUUGAACAGACAAAACCUGCUCUUCCCGCACUGGAGCGCCUAAUUCAUUCAAAUGACGAGGAAGUCCUUGCUGAUGCUUGCUGGGCUUUGUCGUAUUUGUCUGACGGUACAAACGACAAAAUACAAGCUGUCAUAGAAGCUGGUGUCUGUCCACGGCUUGUGGAACUUCUUGUGCAUCCAUCGCCAUCUGUGCUUAUUCCAGCACUUCGCACUGUUGGGAACAUUGUCACUGGAGAUGAUCUGCAGACACAGUUUAUCAUCAAUCAGAAUGCACUUCCGUGUCUUCUAAACCUUCUGACACACAAUCAUAAGAAAAGCAUCAAGAAGGAAGCUUGCUGGACUAUUUCAAACAUCACAGCUGGAAAUAAGGAGCAAAUACAGGCUGUAAUUGCUGCUGAUAUCAUUGGUCCAUUGGUGCAUCUUCUCCAAACUGCUGAAUUUGACAUCAAGAAAGAGGCUGCCUGGGCCAUCUCAAAUGCUACUUCAGGUGGCACCCAUGAUCAAAUAAAGUUUUUAGUCAGUCAGGGUUGCAUCAAGCCCUUGUGUGAUCUCCUCGUGUGCCCGGACCCGAGAAUUGUCACAGUUUGCUUGGAAGGGCUGGAAAACAUCCUGAAGGUUGGUGAAGCUGAGAAAGAAGCAGGCACCACUGGAGGCGUGAAUCUCUAUGCCCAAAUGAUCGACGAAGCUGAAGGCCUAGAGAAGAUUGAAAAUCUGCAGAGUCAUGAUAACACUGAGAUCUAUGAGAAGGCUGUGAAGAUCCUGGAAACAUAUUGGUUGGAAGAGGAAGAUGAGACCAUGCCCACUGGUGAUGCCACUGCUCAAGCUGGCUUUGGCUUCGGAGCCCAGAAUCCCCCUCCCGGUGGCUUCAACUUUGGCUGAUGAGCUCUCCAUGACCAUGUGCCUACUGUAGUACGAGUCGGGGUCAGUCAGGGAGUCAAGUCGAGUUGGUCGGGUCCGGUCAGUCGGAGUCCAUGUUGUCCGUCAGGGCGUCGUCGGUGUCAGUGUCAGUCAGGGAUGUUCCUCAGUGGCGCCCAAUAAAAAACCAUUCAGGUUUUUAUCAGACUUCCCACAAAUCAAGCUUUUUGAUGAUCUAAUCCCUGGGAGUUAGGGUGUGAGAAUUUGAGGAUGAUGUUUCCACCCUAGGGUAAAGAAGUCUCUGUAAAAUGUUGCAGGUGUUAAAAGUUUUACAAGGCUCUACAAAGCUUUUACCUUUUCCUCUCUUAUCAUCCUCUAUAGCGGCACAUUAUAGCCCAUCAGACAAGUGCCUUCCUAUUUUAUUUUAAUUUGUCAUGUUUGUUUGUUGGGGGAGAGUGAUCAAUUCUUACUUACCAUUAUUCCCUUCAUGGAUAGAAGAGUACAUCAUAUUACACCAGUCCCUUUUUAUGUAAGUUUUUUUUAUUAUUAAUACCAUUGAAUGGUUAAAACGAGUCUUCCACUUGUGUUUC